AUGGACAAGCAGCUGCUCGUGGGUUAUCUCAUCACUCUCCUAAGCCUGCUCAGUGGCGCCUGGCUGCCCACAGGCACAGGCACAGGCCUGGCACCCGUACCCCUGGGCCCCCAGUCUCAGCCCUGGGCUGCUACCAACAAGACUUGGACUCUAAGCCGAGGGUCCCCAGGCCCCCAGGUGCCAGCCUCUGCCCUGGAUAGCUGGAAGGCCUUCUUGGGCCUGCAGAAAACCAGGAGGCAGAGUGGGCAGGAGGUGGUCACUGCCACCACUAUGUCCCUACCACUGGACCCGCAGGAAGUGGCCCAGGAAUCUUGCAAAGCCAGGCCCUUCACUCAGGUGCUCUCCCGUCCCGGCUGCACAGCUGUUCGUCUCCGCAACAACCUCUGCUUUGGCCGCUGCCCCUCCCUCUACGUCCCCAGCUCGGACCCCUCCCCCGUCGUCCACUGCAGCAGCUGUGCGCCCACUCGGAAGCGCUGGACGUCUGUGGUUCUGUGGUGUUGGGUGGGCCGCCCCGCCGCCCGGCAGCGGCGGCAGAGGAGGAUGUCCACUGUGUUAGUCGAGGCGUGUCAGUGCAGCUCCAGCUGGGGGAGCCAGCUGGGAACCCUGGUGCCAGGGGGCCCCCUGGAGUUCCUGCCCCCUCCCGAGCAGUGCCAGCCAGCCCCCACCCUCCCCGCCCCCCAGGCUCAGUAA